AAGGACGCGCUCAUGUGUGUCAGUCCACUUAACGUGGUGGAGCAGCGCGACAAGUGUCGCCUCAUUCUUGACUUGCGCAAAGUCAACAACUACCUCGACAUCCCCAAGUUCAAGUACGAAGGCUUGAACAGGGUAGCCGAACUCAUCCGCCCAGGCGAUUGGAUGUUCUCCAUCGACCUAAAGUCAGGCUACCACCAUGUCGAGAUCCACCCCUCCUGCUGGAAGUUCUUGGGAUUUCAGCUCGAAGGAGACUGCUAUUCCUUCAUAUCGCUCUCGUUCGGGCUUGCCACUGCCCCGUUCAUCUUCACACAACUGAUCAAACAACUGGCAAAGCGAUGGCGGGCAAGCGGCGUGCGGGUUGUUCCAUAUGUCGACGACUUACUAUUCCUCUGCAACUCCCACUCGGAUGCACGCUCGACCUGCGCAGCUGUUGUUCAGGACCUGAAGGCAGCAGGUUUUGUUAUAAACGGCAAAAAGUCACAUCAACACCCCUCGCGCCAGAUAGCUUUCCUCGGCUUGGAGAUUGAUGCCGCCCAAGGCACCUUCUCCCUGGGGCGCCACCCUGACACAACUUCCUGGGACGCCCAUUGAAGCCAGUGCUCGCAUGCCCGAGGAACUACU